AUGGGAGGAUAUUGUCAUGAAAUUCCUGUUGGUUUGUACGAGCAGCAGUCACACAAAAUGCCAACUAAGUACCAGCCCACAACAUCCCAACCCCCAAAAUACCAUACAUAUUCCUCUGUUCUUACCCACAAUAUUCAACCUCAAACCCAUCACGAAAAUUUCAUGCCACAAAGCAUAACAAACGAAGCGGAACGAUACAAGGUGGAGAGAAUCAACCACAAAGGAAAGAUGCUCCUCUACAACAAUAACAAGACAACAUCUCGUAUAUUGGGCAAACCAAAAGAGAAGGGGCUAGACAUUACAACAUUCUUUUUCUCAGGUUUCCCCGACAAGUACACAAAUGUGGAUCUAUGGAAACUCUUUCAAAGAUGGGGUCAGGUAAGGGAAGUUUAUGUUCUUGCAAAAAGGGAUAGAUAUGGAAAACGAUUUGGGUUUGUUAGGUUUUCUAAAGUUGAAAAUAUACAUCAAUUAGGAAGAGUCUUAGACCAAAUAGAAAUUGAAGGGAAAAAAUUAAGCGUCAACAUUCCAAGAUAUAAUAGGAAGCAAUCAGUGAGUGGUGAGGAAGAGGGUAGAAUGAAUCAGGGGAAUAGAGUAGUGAACCCAUACCCAAAGAGACAUAGUAAAGAAUUCAUUGAUGAUAGGAGGAAGCCUAAAAACAAAAAAGACCAUAGACUCCCCCAUAGAGAACAUAGAGAGUGGAACCAAUUUGGUCACUCACCCGUGUGGUGUAAUUGGGCUUUACAAUACUCAACAUUUGUUGAGGAUGAACCAUUGUUAAACAAAUGUUUUGUAGGGAAGGUCACUGACCAUACAUUAGAAAGCUCUAUUCAAAAUAUCCUCAAUGAUGAAGGUCUCUUUACGGUCAACAGUAUCCCUAUAGGUGACAACUGGGUGUUGCUAGCCCCUCGUGGGGUGGAUGACAUCACUGAACACCUACAAGAGUUAAGUGAAUGGCUUGGGACUUACUUUGAGAUUCUAAUCCCCUGGAGCCCGGAGUUUGUAGUUGGAAAUAGAGUAACAUGGGUAAAGUGUGUAGGGAUUCCUAUCUUAGCUUGGAAGGAAGACUUAUUUAAGAAGAUAGGUUACCUGAUGGGAUCCUUCAUUAAAAUCGAUGAAAGCACCAAAAAUAGAAGCAAUAUGAGUGAGGCUCAUAUUUGCAUCAGUACUGCGAUUAUGCAUUUGAUUGAAGGUUGCUUACAAUUAGAUUUCAACGGUAAGACGCAUGUCAUUAGGAUUGUAGAAACUCAUUGUGGCUAUGAAAAAAAAGAGUGUUCAUGCCCUUGCAAGGAAGAAUGGGUGGAAUCAGUCUCAGAAUCCUCCUAA